UUGUCUUAGAAAUUUCAAAAUUCUAAAAACAAAAAAGGAAAAGAAAAAGUAACGCGUCCUCGAAAUCAGGGCCCAUUUAAUGUAGAAUAUUUACCAUACAAUAUUUCGAGCCCUCUUUUAUCGUCGGGUCAAGAUAUUUCUACUCGUUUUCCCUUUCUUUAAAUACACCCUUUCACUAAAUCAAUAGCAAAAACAAACACUUUAACACAUAGGGUUUUUUUUUUAUACUUCGAAUCGCAAAAAUUGUGAAGAGAAAAUGGCAGAGCAGCUAACAGAGGAGCAGAUCGCUGAAUUCAAGGAGGCUUUUAGCCUUUUUGACAAGGACGGCGAUGGCUGUAUUACUACCAAGGAGUUGGGAACAGUGAUGAGAUCACUUGGUCAGAAUCCCACUGAAGCUGAACUACAGGAUAUGAUCAGUGAAGUUGAUGCUGAUCAGAAUGGAACCAUUGAUUUUCCAGAGUUCUUGAAUCUGAUGGCACGUAAGAUGAAGGACACCGAUUCUGAGGAGGAACUUAAAGAAGCUUUCAAGGUUUUCGACAAAGAUCAGAAUGGCUUUAUUUCUGCUGCUGAGCUUCGUCAUGUAAUGACUAACCUGGGAGAGAAGCUGACUGAUGAAGAGGUGGAUGAGAUGAUCCGAGAGGCAGAUAUUGAUGGUGAUGGGCAAGUUAAUUACGAGGAGUUUGUCCGCAUGAUGCUUGCCAAGUGAUGGCUUAAGAUUCUCUUAGUUACUGUGUUACUGCAACUUCUAGCUGGCAAGUUAAUAUUCUGUUAAGACAAACAAGUGUAUCGCAUGUUUUUAAGUAGCAUCUAGACUCCUCCUAGUUUAUGUUUCAACUUCUGGACUACGGGUGUAUACAGCUAUAGUCCCCUGCCCAUCCAGAGGGUAAAAGAAAAGGAGAAAUUAGGUAGUUCAUUGGUAAUAUGCCUUGGUUUUCACUCCGUUUCUAACUGUUUUAUAUUUCCCGUUUCUGGUUUUUGCUUCUAUCACUGGUUACUCGGAAGGUCAAAUGCAAGUUGAUUAUUUCCGAAAGCUGACUGGUAAAUGUUGGAUGCCCUCGUUUUAUAUAGUUAUCACACUGGCAAUGAGGUUACUUUUGGGCA